CGGUGUGCGCGCUGGCGGGCGGACGGGUUAGCGCUGCGGGCCGGCUCCGGUAGACGCCUCCGGGAGGCGUCUCAGACAGCGUUCAGCGCUAAAGACAAUGUGAAAGUGAUUGACAGUCAUAUUGACGCCAAACAGGAGAUGUAUGUCAUCUCACGAGUGAUGGAUCUGUUGGUGAAAGACGUGAAACCGCACCAAAUGGUCAAGUCUUUGGUCGACGACAUGAACGUCAAGUAUGGCCCGGGAUUUGUCGGUCAAAUCACUAUUAAUAACCACAAUAUUAAUAAUACUGAGCUGUACUUCGGGUCUAAAUUGGACUCAUAUAUUACUGUACAGUAUAGACAGACACUGAUAUCACUGUACAAGCCGUUGACUAUGGUCGAUUUUGUCACCAAACAGCACAUUGUUGGCCAAGUUGAGGCCGCUCGCAAAUCCAAGGUACAAUUCAUCUCCAGCUACAAUCUAACGGAGCCAAUGACCACAACAUACAUGAACAAACUGCACGACACGUUCAUGAAGGUGACCGAAAAUUUUACCAUGAACAGUUGCUUCAACGAACGACCUUAUUAUCAGAACUCGUGCUAUAAGGAGAUCAGUCGCCGUAUAUUUAUUGAUACGUACGGAACCGAUGGUAACCUUAUUAUUGUGACCGAGAGUAAGUAUAUGGGCAGCAAUGGUGUGCGACGUAAUGAGUAUAUGCUCGAGAUGGCGAUGAAUAUGACCACAAAGACUACGACCAUCACUACCACAUCCAUCGCCGGCUCCGCCACUACUGACAGCGAACCACCGCUGAGAUCGUCGUUCAGCCGCUUCGACGACCAGCUCUGCGAAGAGAUCGUAAGCCAUCUGUCGCUCGAAGACCAGACCCGAUGCGAGUGUGUCUGCAAACGGUUCCGGCGGAGCGUUUACCGGCGCGUCUACAGCAUAGACUUCCGGUGCAAUCCACUGCUCCAUCAGCGGAUCAAAUACCGGCCACCCAUCGCACCCAUCAUCACCACCAGCACCGCUGUUACCACAGUUGACGGCCAACAGCCGCAGUCGCAGACAGUCGACGGACAAUCAUCACAACAGCAGCGGCCACAGCAAUCGCGGACAGCGGUCACCGCCAGCGGUUCCGGCAGUGGUGGUGGUGGCGGUCGGCAGACAUACCACACGCCGCGCCUCUUCAUGAACAUUACGCUAUACGAGCGACUGCUCCGCAAGUGUCCGCACAUACGCGAAGUGGACUUCAAUUAUCUCAUCGACUUUGACAACUACGGAGCCAUCGUCGACACCAUCACCCGAACGAUUCCCAGUCUCGAGUCGGUGCACGCCGUGUUCACCGACAGGCCCUGUCAUCAGACACCGCCCGCCGCAGCUGUUAUGGAGACGUUUUACGCCAAAUUCGCGGCCGGUUUGCAGCGGAUUCGGGCCCAUCAUAGGGGACGAGUGCGCGCCGGUGUGGCCGCCGGCGCCGUCUGUGGCAGCGGUGUUGGUAUUGGCGGCGACAACGGGUUGAUGGCCGGCAUCGGCGGUCUGCACGACAACGGCAUCCAGUGUCUGAAGUGGUGCACGAAUGUCACCCAUUUGAACGUGAUAUACAACAUACGAUUGGCGCGACUGUUCGCCACGGAGACCGAGUGUCACUUCCGACGCCUCCAGUGUCUGGAGUUUUCGUUCAAAACCAAAGACAAGAAACGCUUGGAAGCGCUGAUUGACGGCAACCAUCAAACCCUACGCUCGGUGUUCGUGACCAACUCGGGCUCACUCACGCCGACAGCCGUAUACACGCUGUUUACUCAGUUGGCCAGAUGUCGGUCCGUACGGCGGCUGGAGAUCAGCAUCGGCUACGAACAGCGCUUCGACUAUAAUCUCGGUCAUCUACUUCAGCAGAUCGCCGCCCAGUGCCCACUGUUGGACAAACUGACCAUAUCGUUGCACUUCCGCCACCAGGCGCUCGCCCGACAGACCUUUGAGUCGUUGCGCCACUUCCGCGGUGUGCGACAACUCUUCGUGAGCCUGCGCUGCGAACCGGACCACACGUCGAUCACCGGCGGCACCACCGGCUUCAGCAACACGUUCUUCAAGUGCAAACCACUCAACUCGUGCCACCGGUUGACGCAUCUGACACUCGCCGACAUACUUAUCAACGAUAUAUUCUUCUACAACGCCGACAAACAUCUGCCCCGACUUCGCUAUCUCUACCUCUUCUCGUGUCGUAAUUACUACGAGAAACUCUCGCUGACAGACAUCUCGAUCAAGAUGUUGUCCCGUUUGGAACGGCUCGAGACCGUGAUGUUCAGCGAGAGGCAGCCCAAGAUCACCGACCAGUGUGUUCACGAUCUCAUCGAUCGGUGUCCGCGUAUACGCCGCGUGUCGUUCGGCAAUCACUCGUACGGCGACCGCAUUGAGAGUGUCCGCCGCGCCCGACAACUGGCCAACGGUUGCGCCCACUGUCCGCCGCCACCGCCUCCUCCACUCCCGCCACCACUGCCGCCGCCAUCGUUGCCAUACUAUAGUCAACCUCAGGCACCGCCGCCGCUGCCAACCCCGCCGUCCACUACCUCUAGAUCUUAA